GUUGCUUUGCUCGUCAUUCGUGUACCAAUCAUUAUCGAUUACGGUCCAUUUAAAGUACAAUAAAAGGAGAAUCUUGAUUCCAGCUACUGUCUCAUACAAACUCAACCCUCAACAUUCUACUGGGUUGCUACAAUUUUUCAAGAAUGGAGGGUAACUUGAAACCAAUGGACUCUGAACAAUUAAGGGAGUCUGCUCAUAAGAUGGUGGACUUCAUUGCCGAUUAUUACAAGAACAUUGAAAACUUCCCUGUUCUUAGUCAAGUUCAGCCGGGAUAUCUACGCGAGCUUCUACCAGAUUCGGCGCCAGCUCAACCUGAAACCUUUCAAAAUGUUUUGGAUGAUGUUCAGUCGAAAAUAUUACCAGGAGUAACCCAUUGGCAAAGCCCGGAUUAUUUUGCAUAUUUUCCGUGCAAUAGCAGUGUAGCUGGGUUUUUAGGGGAAAUGCUUAGUGCUGGCAUAAACAUGGUGGGUUUUAGCUGGAUAACAUCACCUGCAGCCACAGAACUUGAAAUGAUAGUGUUAGAUUGGCUUGCUAAGGCUCUUAAGCUACCUGAUCAAUUCCUUUCAACAGAUUGGGAGAGUCGAGUUUCAGGACAAGGUGGCGGCAUAAUACAGGGAACUGCAAGUGAAGCAGUUUUGGUAGUGCUUUUGGCUGCUCGAGACAAAAUCUUGAAAUGGGCUGGGAAAGAUGCAAUUGGAAAGCUCGUGGCCUAUGGUUCAGAUCAAACUCAUUCGUCUCUACAUAAAGCAUGCAAGAUAGCAGGAAUCCAUCCUGAAAAUUUACGUGUGCUGAAAACGGAUUCAUCCACUGAAUAUGCUCUCUCUCCUGAGUCGCUUGAAGAAGCGAUUUCACGGGACAUAAACUCGGGUUUAAUUCCCUUCUUCUUGAGUGCUUCUGUUGGGACUACAUCAUCAGCUGCUGUGGAUCCUCUUCGUGAUCUGGGGAAGAUAACAAGUAGUCAUGGAGUGUGGUUUCAUGUUGAUGCUGCUUAUGCUGGAAGUGCUUGUAUCUGCCCAGAAUUUCGACACUAUAUUGAUGGUGUAGAGGAAACCAGCUCGUUUAACAUGAACGCGCACAAAUGGUUUUUGACCAACUUUGACUGUUCGCCUCUUUGGGUGAAGGAGAGAAGUGCGCUUAUCGAAUCAUUAUCAACGAAUCCUGAGUAUCUUAGAAACAAAGCUUCUCAAGAAAACUUGGUUGUGGAUUACAAAGACUGGCAGAUCCCGUUAGGUCGCAGGUCUUUGAAACUUUGGAUGGUGUUGAGACUUUAUGGGCUGGAAAAUUUGCAGGCCUACAUAAGAAACCACGUUGAGUUGGCUAAGACUUUUGAAGGACUUGUCAAGCAAGACCCGAAAUUUGAGGUUGUCGCCCCUCGUAAUUUCUCCUUAGUUUGUUUUCGCUUGUUGCCUGAAGAAAACAAUAUCGAACGAGCCAACAAAUUGAACCAACAGCUACUAGAUGAUGUGAACUCAACCGGGAAGCUCUUCAUUUCUCACACGGUACUGUCAAACAUGUAUGUGCUGAGAUUUGUAGUUGGGGCGCCUUUGACGGAGGAGAGGCACGUGCUCGAUGCUUGGAAUACAUUACAUGAAAAGGCUUGUGCAUUACUAAAGAAUGCAUAGAGCUAAUUGAUCCUUGUUUCCAUAUUUUUAUGUUGCAUUGUUUGAAAGCUCUUGCUAUUUUACCAAUGAAUGGAAUUUGUUAUCUCCUCACAUUAUAUCCUUCUAUUUAUAAUUUUUGAAUGCGUUGAGCCUAAAUAGCAGACUCGCACGCUUUGGAAUCCUAUGUGACAAAGAAAAUCAUGUUUCGAAGUCAGACUUGGAUACACA